CCCUCAGCCUCUCAUGAAUAUUGAGCGGCCCCCGCGGUGUUUCCCGAGCUCCAUUGCGGAAGCCCAGGCUCGCCAUAUUGAGCGGCGGCGCCGGCGGCCGCGGCGGCUCGGGCGCGACUUCUCGCUGCGGCCGCGGCCCGCGGAGCCCGGGCGGGGGCGGCAGCCGCAAUGUCUCAGGCCGUGCAGACAAAUGGAACCCAGCCAUUAAGCAAAACGUGGGAACUCAGUUUAUAUGAACUACAACGGACACCUCAGGAGGCAAUAACAGAUGGCUUGGAAAUUGUGGUUUCGCCCCGAAGUCUGCACAGUGAGCUCAUGUGCCCGAUCUGCUUGGACAUGCUCAAGAACACCAUGACCACCAAGGAGUGCCUGCACCGCUUCUGCGCGGACUGUAUCAUCACAGCCCUCAGGAGCGGCAACAAAGAAUGCCCUACCUGUCGGAAAAAGCUAGUUUCCAAAAGGUCCCUGAGGCCGGACCCCAACUUCGAUGCGCUCAUCAGCAAGAUCUACCCGAGCCGGGACGAGUACGAAGCUCACCAGGAGCGCGUGCUGGCCAGGAUCAACAAGCACAACAACCAGCAGGCGCUGAGCCACAGCAUCGAGGAGGGACUCAAGAUCCAGGCCAUGAACAGACUACAGCGAGGCAAGAAGCAGCAGAUCGAGAACGGUAGCGGGGCAGAAGAUAACGGUGACAGUUCGCACUGUAGUAACGCCUCGACCCACAGCAAUCAGGAGGCUGGCCCUAGUAACAAACGGACCAAAACGUCGGAUGAUUCAGGGCUUGAGCUUGACAACAACAACGCCUCGGUGGCCAUUGACCCUGUGAUGGACGGGGCCAGUGAAAUUGAAUUAGUAUUCAGGCCUCAUCCCACGCUGAUGGAAAAAGAUGACAGUGCACAGACAAGAUACAUAAAAACUUCAGGCAAUGCCACCGUGGAUCACCUGUCCAAGUACCUGGCCGUCAGGUUAGCUUUAGAGGAACUUCGAAGCAAGGGGGAGUCCAAUCAGAUGAACCUGGACACAGCCAGCGAGAAGCAGUACACCAUUUACAUCGCCACAGCCAGUGGCCAGUUCACCGUUUUAAACGGGUCCUUCUCUUUGGAGUUGGUCAGUGAGAAGUACUGGAAAGUGAACAAGCCCAUGGAACUGUACUACGCACCCACGAAGGAGCACAAGUGAGCUUCGCAGAGCAGCUCUGGGACUGAGCGUCCCACAGCCCGACUUGAACCU